AGGGAAGCAGAUGCCAUGAGGAGAGCGGGAAGCCUGCCAUAUACCAGACAAAGAGCCCAGAGGGAACAAUCCGCCUUCGUCGCCAACUCCACUGUUAAGACUUUACCCCUGCGAGCCACUGGUCCCCCAGAUGAGAGGGGCGAUCAGCCCCAUCACUACUGGCCUUUCGCCACUAGCGACCUUUAUAAUUGGAAAGCUCAAAAUCCUGAGUUUUCUGAGAAGCCAGCGGGACUUAUUAAUCUGUUGGAUUCUAUCAUUUUUACCCAUCAGCCAACCUGGGACGACUGCCAGCAGCUCUUGCAGGUCCUGUUCACCACCGAGGAGAGGGAGAGGAUCCUUAAUGAGGCCCGGAAGCUGGUUCCAGGCGUGGAUGGGAAUCCUACCACCAACCAGGCUCAGAUAGAAACCUCUUUUCCUCUUACUAGGCCUGAAUGGGAUGUCAGCACAGCAGAAGGUAAGGAGGGGCUCCGGGUCUACCGCCAGGCUCUAAUGGGGGGUCUCCGGGCGGCUGCCAGAAAGCCAACUAAUCUGGCUAAGGUAGGGAGCAUACAGCAGGAGAAAGAUGAAUCUCCAGCAGCCUUUCUAGAGUGGAUCAUGGAGGCAUUCCGCACCUAUACCCCCAUGAAUCCAGAGGCUCCUGAGAGUAAGGCAGCUGUUAUUGUAGCCUUUGUAAACCAGUCUGCUGCAGAUAUUAGGAGAAAACUGCAAAGAAUAGAUAGACUGAGAGAGAAGAGUCUGCAGGACUUGUUGGUGGUGGCUGAAAAGAUGUACAAUAACCGGGAGCCCCUGAAGAUAAACAGGCUCACAGGCAGACCUGAGAACUGGCUAGGAUCCUGGAAGUGGAAAAUGCAAAAGGAUCAAUGUGCAUACUGCAAGAAGAUAGGGCAUUGGGCUCAAGAAUGUCCUAAGAGAGGCAGUGGGAAAGGGAGCAAGACAGACUUAGUAAAGGUCUUAGGACUUGAUGAACUAAGUGAUUAGGGGAGUCAGGGUUCGGACCCCCUCCCCGAGCCCAGGGUAACUCUUAGAGUGGAGGGGACCCCUGUGGACUUCCUUGUUGACACCGGAGCGCAGCAUUCGGUCCUCUGCACUCCACAAGGAAAACUAACUAGCAAAAAAUCCUGGGUGCAAGGGGCAACUGGUAUGAACCAGUAUUCAUGGACUACCCGAAGAACAGUGGAUUUAAGGAUGGGCCAGGUAACCCACUCCUUCAUGGUAAUACCAGAAUGCUCCUACCCACUGUUAGGACGGGACUUACUGACCAAGAGAGGAGCUCAGAUAACUUUCAGACAAGGGGGGCCUCAGGUCACCGAUGGCGAGGGCCACCCCAUCCACGUUCUGACUCUGAGGCUAGAGGAUGAGUAUCGCCUCCACCAGGAGGCACUCCCAAGGGGGGAUAACAUGGAUAGAUGGCUACGAGAAUUCCCCACAGCCUGGGCAAAGACAGGAGGGGUAGGACUAGCUGCUCACAGGACCCCAGUCCUAGUGGAGCUAAAGCCAGGAGAAGGUCCGGUAAGGAUCAAACAGUACUCCAUGUCUCAGGAGGCCCAGGAGGGAAUUCAGCUACACAUCCAGAGACUGCGGAGUCUAGGGGUGCUGGUUCCCUGCCAAUCUGCUUGGAACACCCCCCUACUGCCGGUCAAGAAGCCUCACACAAAUGAUUACCGACCAGUGCAAGACCUCCGGGAAGUAAAUAAAAGAGUCAUGGACAUACACCCAGUUAUCCCCAAUCCAUACACUCUCUUGAGCUCCCUGGUGCCCACCAGAAUCUGGUAUACUGUAUUAGAUUUAAAGGACACCUUCUUCAGUCUGCCGCUAGCACCCAGGAGCCAACCCUUGUUUGCCUUCGAGUGGCAUGAUCCAGAGGAGGGCUACAGUGGACAACUCACCUGGACACGACUGCCUCAGGGGUUCAAGAAUUCGCCCACCAUCUUUAAUGAGGCACUACACGAAGACCUGGGUGAGUACAGAAGGGAGAACCCUGGCCUCACCCUCCUACAGUACAUAGAUGACAUCCUGAUUGCUGCCGACCCGGCAGAGGAUUGUGAACAAGGAACCCAGGAUUUGCUGGUCACCCUGGGGGCCUUGGGGUAAUGGGCAUCCGAGAAGAAGGCACAGAUAUGCAGAGAGAGGGUAAGUUAUCUGGGGUACAUCUUGGAGGGCGGACAGUGGCCAUUAUCAGAUGCCAGAAAAGAAACUGUCCUAAAGAUCCCCACACCCACCUCUCAAAGAGAAGUGAGAGAAUUCUUAGGGUUGGCCGGCUACUGCUGUCUCUGGAUUCUGGGUUUUGCUGAGAUUGCCAGGCCCCUGUAUGAAGCUACCAGAGAGGGGAAGACAUUUGAAUGGACAGAGAAAGAGGAGGCUGCCUUUAAUCAGUUGAAAAAGGCCCUCCUACAUGCCCCGGCUCUGGGACUGCCAGACAUUACAAAGCCCUUUCACCUCUUUGUAGAUGAGCGCAAAGGGGUAGCAAAGGGGAUUUUAACUCAAGCCUUGGGCCCCUGGAGCCAUCCAGUAGCUUACUUGUCUAAGAAACUAGACCCAGUGGCUGCCGGCUGGCCACCGUGCUUGAGGAUUAUUGCGGCAACAGCACUCCUAGUGAAGGAUGCUGACAAGCUAACUCUAGGGCAAGAAAUUUGGAUUACAAUCCCCCAUGCAGUUGAGGGAGUUUUAAAACAGCCACCUGAUAGAUGGAUGAGUAAUGCACGCAUGACUCACUACCAGUGCCGUCCCCUAAAUCCUCCCAGAGUGCGGUUCUGCUCCAGUGCAGCCCUCAACCCUGCAACUCUCCUGCCUGACCCCGACCUAGAUGCCCCGCUACAUGACUGCGCCGAGAUCUUGGAACAGGUGCAUGGACUCCGGAAGGACCUGACGGACCAACCCCUCUCAGAUGCAGAGGCCACAUGGUUCACCGAUGGAAGCAGCUUCAUGAGAAACAGGCACAGGUACGCGGGCGCGGCAGUAGUAACUGAGACUGACACCUUAUGGGCAGAGGCUCUGCCAUCUGGAACGUCAGCCCAGCGGGCAGAACUCAUCGCUCUGACAAAGGCAUUGACACUAGGGGCCGGGAAACGACUCAAUGUCUUUACAGAUAGCCGAUACGCGUUUGCCACAGCUCACAUCCAUGGGGCAAUCUAUCAGGAGAGAGGGCUGUUGACUGCAGAAGGAAAGACUAUAAAAAAUAAACAAGAAAUACUCGACUUGCUAGCUGCCUUAUGGCUCCCAGCCAAGUUAGCCAUCAUCCACUGCCCAGGACACCAGAAAGCCAACAAUCCUGUAGCCAAAGGCAACCAGAAGGCUGAUCAGGUGGCCAAAGAAGUAGCCCUCACUGCAGUCCCUGCACUGGCCCUGCAAUUGCCAGAGCCAGGAAACCCAGUUCUGCUGGAUCAGCCCGGAUACUCCCAGGAACAAUGAGAGCGAAUCAAAAGCCACCCCACAAACAAGGAAGUCAGAGGCUGGUGGUGUGCUCCAGAUGGGAAGCUCCUGCUACCAGACCAGCUUGGGAUCCCAAUGUUGAAACACAUACACCAAUCCACUCACCUAGGGUCCCGGAAACUAAAGGAUUUGGUCCGGCAUGCUAAGAUCAAAAUUCACCAACUGGACACCAGAAUAGAUCAAAUUAUAUCAGCCUGUAAAACUUGCCAGCUUACAAAUGCAAGGGCCGGGUCAAGUGGAAAAGGAACCCGGCUCAGAGGAACAAAGCCCGGGGUGCACUAGAUUGACUUCACUGAGGUAAGGCCGGGAAAGUAUGGCUAUAAAUAUCUUCUAGUUUUUGUAGAUACCUUUUCUGGAUGGGUAGAAGCAUACCCAACUAAGCAUGAAACAGCCCAGAUGGUUGCUAAGAAGCUACUGGAAGACAUUCUAUCCAGGUACGGUUUCCCAGCUGUGAUAGGAUCGGACAACGGCCCAGCUUUCAUCUCACAAGUAACACAGGCAGUAGCCAAGGCUAUAGGGGCAAAUUGGAAAUUACAUUGUGCGUAUAGGCCCCAGAGCUCAGGACAAGUAGAAAGAAUGAAUAGAACACUAAAAGAGACCCUUUCUAAACUAACCAUGGAGACUGGCGGGGACUGGGUGGCUCUCCUUCCCUAUGCUCUUUACCGGGUGAGGAACUCACCCUAUACCCUAGGCUUCACUCCCUAUGAAAUUAGGUUUGGUAGGCCCCCACCUAUCAUUCCCAAUCUUAAGGCAGAACUGCUAACUGAAUUUGACAACCAAGAAAUAUCUUUUUCUUUAAGAAGGCUCCAGAGGGUGCAUGAGGACAUUUGGCCACGCCUACAAGCCAUCUACGAGGCUGGCCCGAUCCCAACACCCCACCAGUACCGGCCGGGAGACUGGGUCUUUGUCAAAAGACACUGCCGGGAGACGCUUGAACCACGUUGGAAAGGACCAUACAUCGUGGUGCUGACGAUGCCCACCGCCCUCAAAGUGGACAGCAUUGCGACCUGGGUCCACCACACUCAUGUUCGGCCAGCUGACUCCUCUGCGAUCCGGGAAGACUUCGCCAACCGAUGGAGCAUCGACCGAGACCAAGACAACCCCCUCAAGCUCAAGUUAUGGCAUACUCAACCUGCCUGAUACUGGAAAUUUUGUUUGCGGCCACUCCGGCUGCAGGAGCC